AACUCAGGUUGUUGGUUACUGCCGAGCGGCGUGGUGAGAGCUAGCAGCAAGCGGGCGGCUCUCAUUCAUACCGACAACAAAAACAGGCUGAAAAACACACUCAGAAAGCCGCACAAUAUCCGCCACGAUGCCGUGUCGAAAGGAGAACUACAUCUUCCUGGAGCAGUCCGUCACGGUGGACUCCAAAGAAGUGGACGCGCUGGUGACGAGAAUCGGCGAGGCGCUGCAGCUCCACAACAAUAACGGCGGCCACCAGAAGACUGUGUCCGUGUCCAUGUCGUGCCUGCACGGGCUCACCGGCAGCAGCGCCGGCGGGGUCAAACCGGCGGCCAUCAUCAGCGGCAGCGCGGCAGCCCCGGCGCAGAGACGCAACGGCUGCUGCAUGCGGCUCCGGAACCGGGGACACCGGGGAAGCAGCAGGGCAAGCCCGUAUAACAUCCCCGGGUCUAACGGCGACCAGGACUGGGACCAAAUCAAACCAUGGAACAAAAAGAGGAUCGGCGUGGAAGAGGACGAUCCGCACCGGUUGCUUCAGGAGUUAAUUUUAUCGGGGAACCUGAUUAAAGAGGCCGUGAGGCGGCUGCAGUUCUCCGCCGCAGACUGUGGAGAUUUCCCCAAAGCGUCGGACAGUGUGCCCUGCUCGUAACGUAACGGACAGACCGGGUACGGGGUUUCCGCAGCACCGUUCCCACCCUGGACACAAAAUUGAGCCUGUCCGCACAGUCUUUUUAGAAUUGAAAAUCACAGGACUGGUAGCUAUGUUUUAUAAUUUCACAGUUUUUCAUCGAUUUGUCUAACGUUUUUUACGCUACGUUGGCUGGUUAGCAGUUAGCAUAGCUAGCUGGCUAGCCACCCGGCUAAUGAGCCGUGUUGUUUAUGUUUGAAUGUGUCCUUGUGGGUCAGACGUACGGGGUGCAGUGGACUCACUCACUCUGUCCACCUUUUCACGAGUGAGAAUUGAAACGUUGGCCCUUCUGAAGGCUACAGUUAACAUCCUGCGGUGCGAAGCGAAGCUACACCCCACACACGGAGUAUGUUGGAGUGCGAUCGUGAAGGUGGAGUCCUGUGAUUUCUGAACAAUGGGUUUCUUCUCGAGUUGAUGGAUGGUUGAGUCACAGCGAAAAGUAGCAGGAAGUCCCAGCUUAUUCAUCUCUUAUUUACCACUGCAUCUCGGAAUUUGUUCAUGUGUUUUUGUGGGGGAGGGAGGUCUGCUUUGGCAGGCCUGUGUAAUGGGGGUUGGGUGGUCGAGUUGUCCAUUUUGUUUACAGUCUAAUGCCGGGCGCACAGAGCAGAGAAAGGAAGUGCCCCCUCGUUUAUUCUCAUUUCACGUCAGGUUGUUCUGUGUGUUGUCCUCUAGCUGCCCUGAGAGCAGCUUGUUUCACUGCUUUACUUGACCUCAACCAAACAGAUCUGUGAAAUGAGCCCCCACUAAUUCUGGUUUGUAGAAAAACUUACAUUUUAGGCUUGUGGGGCAGCUAAUGUGAUCCCGGGGUGUUGGAGGACAACAUGCAGCAGCUCCACGUUUCUCAUCUAAAUGUGCUUUUUCAAAGGGGAGCGUGGACGUGAGACACGAGGAGGAGACGAGGGGCCAUGGGAAAAAGACAAAACACGCCCUUUUCCCACAAGGCUGUGGGGGAUGUGUCACAGUGUGUGUGGGAUGUUUAGGGAAAUGUUGGCCGUCACUUGACUACACUUUCUGUGGUGCUUUCACCUUUUGGAAUUCCAGUCAGGAGUUCUGUUUGUUGCCUGUUUGUUUCUUCUCAGUGUAAAGAAAAAUCACCACGACUGCUUCGUAACGAAGUAUCUGAUAAUGUUCCUGAGUAUUCAGGGCCGUUUUGUUGUCUUAAUAAAGUCAUUUUUGUUUUUCCAGA